AUGGAAGCACCUGUGGAGAUCGAGGAGAUGCCUACCAAGUCAAGGGCGAAAGGCGCAGAGACUCUUUUGGCGAAGCAUCUUCAGGGAAAGAAGCAAGAGUGGGAUGCCAUUACAGCGCAAAAAGAGCCUUUACGUCUGCUAGAUUUGCCUGUCGAUAUCUUGCAAGCCAUUCUCCGAGAGCUUACGCACACAAACGACCUGACGUCCCUCGCGUUGACCCAUUCAGCCCUCCACGCACUGGUCAUCCCUCAUAUAUAUGCCCGCUUUGAUAUUGUCUGGCCGGAUGCAAAUGCCACAUUUGAGAAUCGCAUGGGCGUUGAUGCCCUGACCUACGGGUUGGCAACUCUAGUCAUGGCGCAAGACGUUUUUGGCGAAGCUCCGUACCAGCAGCAAACUCAGCAUCAUUGUCACAAUUGCGGUCACCAAAAUCAGAUGGUCCCAACUAUACUGGAUCGACCCAAAAGGAUUCGGCGCGGCAACCAUUUUGCUCAGUAUACCCGGAAAUUCAGUUUGGGAAAUGGGCCUGCUGAUUGGGUUCAGGAAUACCUCAUCACGAAAGAGGGAGGGAAGAUGCUGGGAACUUUGGUCGCACUGGCGGUGGGCAGGAUGCGAAAUCUCGAGGCUUUCAUUUGGGACAUGCCCACAGGUGUGCUUCGAGAUGUGUGGAUGGCUCUAGCUUCGCUCGGCAACCGCGAUGACGGACAAGAAUGUCGCCUCGAACGAGUCUGGGUUCGCUGGCAUGACAAUCAAGACCAGGGGCCUUUGGCUUCUCCUCCGCCGCCUGGGUCCAUUCCAGGGCCACAGACUUCCAAUUUACCUUCAAUUCUGGCGGGUUCUGCCAGCUCUCUCUUUCAGAUCCCGCCAUAUCCUCGGGUCGAGUUUCCAACAUUUUCAAUUCUGCCGCCUCUCAAGAGUUUAAGCGUGCUCGAUAUUGACGAACUACCCUAUGCAGAGGAAAUGAGCGUUCUCAUCGAGAGAUCUUUAGGGAAACUCCAGGAGCUUCGCGUAGGCAUAGCUUCUCACGCCCAGUUCGACAUAUGGGCAAGGCCCUCAGAAGAUCGAGCAGCUCUGCCUCCUCUUAUGCCUGGGAUGAGUGAGCAGACUCCACGGCCCGGAGGUCUUCUUGGUAUCCUAGUACACCGAUUCUGCGAUGCUUUCUCUCAUUAUGCACAGAAUCAAUUGUCUUCGAUACUUGACCCUCAACGGGAUCCAGUCCAAGACGUUGCGAUUGCUGAUGUGUCUCGAGAACAAGAGAGGGAGGAAGAUCUCGAAGGCCCAGUCAGCACUUCAGAGUUGAAUCAUUUGGGUACUCUGCUGUCUGCUCACAGUAUCCAGGAUGACGAUUCGGAGGCGGUUCCUGCAUCGAUCACGAAGCAACGACCACAAGACGACCAGUCUCCCGUCCCGAACCAAAACAAGAUUCGCAAUGCCAACGACACGUUUCAAGAUUCUCAUAAGGAAGGUCGUCCAGCGCGAAAACUGCAACUGGAAACGCUCGAAUUGGAACGGGUUUCCCUGUCAAUAGCGGUGCUUUCGAAAGCCAUUGACUGGUCACGACUGACAACUUUAACUCUCCUAGGUUGUCGAAACCACGAUCAAUUGUGGAAAGCGCUUCGAAAACGGUUUACUCCCACAAGCCGCAGGAGGGUGUCAUCAACACCGUUCAGGAUUUCAUCAAAUGGAAUGUCAAGCAUGUUGCUUCGGUCGCAAACGAGCACACCGCCGACUCCUGCAUCGGCCUCGUCCGAUUAUCCGCUGCGGCUGAGGCGAUUACACACUGACAUGGUGUCUUCCUCGUUGAUUGCGUUCAUCAAAGACACUCUUGCGCCGGACAGCCUCGAGUGGCUUUUUCUGCAGGAGAACACGGCCUACAAAUCCCCAGUGUCUAUCGACAUGAUUUACAAAAACGCAAUUCGACGGCAUCGUUCUAGCCUGACUAAGCUACUCAUCGACAGCACACUCAGGACCGACGACCCAGACCGCCCCAGCACCAACUGGAGGAGAUGGGUGUGCAACCGUGAGCUCAUCACUUGCAUCACGAGCGGGAAAAUGAAACUGCGAGAGCUCAGCAUGUCAAUUGAUUACAAGGACUGGCACUAUUUCCUUAGGCGGUUGCCGAACGCGACGACUCUGCGUUCUUUGCACAUCCCACAUAUCGCCGAACAUGUUAAUGGCACAGUCCAUUCUCGCGAAGCGGCAUUGCAAGUUCUUGAUAUCGUUGCCCUGAGGCCAGAGCUUGAACUGUGCUAUCUCGGAAUCCAGAGCCAGUGUUUCGAGAUAUUAGAGUAUGCGAGCGCCCGGAAGGGAUCCCACUCGGGAACUAGCAGCGGGGAUCAUUCGGGAGACGACAUUGGACCAGAUGGCGAAACCACGGCUCCUGAUCCCAAUCACCCCCAGAAUCAUCACGACCACGACUCUCACGAUGACGAAGCAGGUGACAAUGGUGAAGGUGGAGGCGUGAACGACGACAGCGACUUCGAUGCCGUUUCAGACGAUGGGAAUGACAUGACGGAUGAUGAGGACGGCAGCGAAGACGGAGGAGAAGCCGGUGGUUCUGGUGGACCGAAACCGACCUGGAGGUUGAGAGAGAUCCUAUUCUAUGAUGACAAGAUUUCGAUUUUUAAGGCGAGGCACGGACGGUUAUAA